AUGCCUCUCCACCAAUUCGAUUACCUUUUCGCUAUUGGUACCAUCUUUGCGUUCCUGGACGCUUGGAACAUUGGUGCCAACGAUGUCGCCAACUCUUGGGCGACGUCGGUUUCGUCCCGAUCCGUCGGGUACAUUCAGGCCAUGUCUUUGGCCUCUAUUCUAGAGUUCGCCGGUUCCAUCGGUGUCGGUGCCCGUGUCGCCGAUACCAUUCGUACCAAGAUCGUGGACAUUGACCUGUUCGAGGAUGAACCUACCCUGCUCAUGUUGGGUAUGGUUUGUGCUGUUGUUGCUUCUUCCCUCUAUCUCACCAUGGCUACUAAGAUCGGUCUUCCUGUUUCCACUACCCACUCUAUCAUGGGCGGUGUGAUCGGUAUGGGUAUUGCGCUCGUCGGUGCGGAUAACAUCCACUGGGUCGACAAGAAGGGUGGCAUCAACUCUGGUGUCGUCCAGGUCUUCCUCGCUUGGAUCAUUGCUCCCGGUAUUUCUGGUGCUUUCGCUGCAAUCAUCUUUACCAUUACUAAGUAUGGUGUCAUGCUCCGAAGCAACCCGGUCAUGCGCGGUCUCAUGUUUGUUCCCGUCUACUUCGGCAUCACUGCCUCCCUCCUUACUAUGCUUAUCGUCUGGAAGGGUGGCUCCAUUACGCUCGACUUCACCGAUGGCGAGACUGCCGGCCUCAUUAUUGGUGUUGGCGCCGCCUUCGCUCUCGUCAUUUCCAUCUUCCUCAUCCCCUGGCUGUACCGCAUCGUUGUCAAGGAUGACUGGCAGCUCCGCUGGUACCAUAUUCCUCUCGGUCCUCUGCUCCUCAAGCGUGGUGAGCCCCCGGAGCAGCCUGAGGGUGCCGCCGGCGGUAUCAAGGAUUUCUACGAGGGUCAUCUCACCAAGGAGGAGCUCGACGCUCUUCGUGGCCGAACCAACAGACACAGCGAUGUCGAGGCGAAGGGUGCUGACGACUCCGAGGCCAAGGCUAUUGACCAGAACGGGUCCGACAUUGACGUCCCGCGAACCACCAUUCCCCACAAGUCCAUCGUUGGCCCCAAGCCUGACGGCCCUUGGUACGACGCCUCCUUCCUCUGGUGGGGAUUCAAGUGGAUCUUCCUCCGAGGUGUUGACCAGGAUAUCCUCAACCAGCAGAAGAAGCAGAGCAUGCUCACUGGCGAUCUCGAGGAGAUGCACGCUCAUGUCAAGCAUUACGACAACAAGGCCGAGUUCCUCUACUCCUUCCUCCAGGUUUUGACCGCCAGUACCGCGUCCUUCACCCAUGGUGCCAAUGAUGUCUCCAACGCCAUCGGACCAUAUGCCACCAUUUACAAGAUCUGGGAUACCGGCGAGAUCGAGGGCAGCAAGUCUCCCGUUCCCAUUUGGAUUCUCGCCUUCGGUGGUGUUGCUAUCGGCAUCGGUAUUUGGACGUACGGCUACAACAUCAUGCGCAACCUUGGUAACCGCCUCACGCUUCACUCUCCUUCUCGUGGUUUCUCCAUGGAGUUGGGCUCUGCCAUUACCGUCAUCAUGGCCACCCGCUUGAAGCUCCCCGUCUCCACCACUCAGUGCAUUACUGGUGCCACUGUCGGUGUCGGUCUCUGUGCCGGUACCUGGCGCUCCAUCAACUGGCGCAUGGUUGCCUGGAUCUACGGUGGUUGGAUCAUUACCCUCCCCGUCGCAGGUAUCAUCUCGGGUUGCUUGACUGGUAUUAUCGUCAACGCUCCUCGCUGGGGUUACUCCGGUGUCUAA